AUGUCGGUUGAUUCAGAAAAAUUAGCUGCUGCAGUUUUUUUAAAAGAACCAAUUUGGAACCCUCGCCAUGCUGGUCAUAGAAGUAGGACCAUUAUUCAACAGUGUUGGUCUGAUUUAAGCAAAGAGAUGAUUGUAGAUGCGGAAACACUGAAAGCAAAAUGGAAAAAUAUGAGGGACUAUUAUCGCGCUGAAUUAAAAAAACAUCCUUUAGGAAAAUCGGGAGCUGGAGCUGAGGAUGUUAGUAAUUCUACGUGGCCGUUAUUUAAAUGUUUGUCAUAUUUACGAAAUACAAUGCAAACAAGAACUCGUUCCACAAACAUUACAUCGAAUUUCAACUCGUCAGAAGAAGUAGACAUUGAAUCAAAUUCAUCGCAUGCAUAUGAUGUGUGCCAGACUCAAGAUAAUGAUAAUUUUACACAAUAUAGUUCGAAUAUUAUUGAUGCCGAUCUAGAUAAUACAGACUCCGAUGUAAGUCCUGCAGGUGGAUUAAAAAGAAGAAACUACGAUGUACCACAUAGACAGACGGCAGUAAAUAAUUUUAGACGGGAAUUAUUAAAUAUGGAAGCUAAAAAACUUAAACUUUUAGAAAACGAAGAAAAAGAAGAUGAGGAUUUGUUAUUUUUAAAAAGUUUAUUGCCUGAUCUAAAAAAAUUAUCGCAAACACAGAAAAUGAGGACAAAAAUUAAAUUUCAAGAGAUUUUACUUCAAGAAACUUUAAAUAUAUUACAAUCAACACCAACGACAAAUCAAACAACCGUGGUCAGCAGUUUUCCAUAUAGUGCCCAAUGGCAAAUAAAUAAUGAGGGAACACAAACUUUCGAAACUAAUUUUUCUUAA